AUGGCAAACACCAAAGACAUUGAACGGUUCGACGUCGUUUCGGACGAUUCCGACCACUACUUUCUAUCAGCAGUUGGUCCGAAUCCAUAUUCCUUCACCAACGCAAGAAGCGACGUGCACAAAAGGAUCAUGAUGGAGUGGAAAAUUCUUGCCAACAACAACCUUCCUGAAUCCAUCUACGUUCGCGUUUACGCCAACCGCAUCGAUUUGCUCAGGGCAGUGAUCGUAGGCGCCGCAGGCACACCCUACCACGAUGGACUCUUCUUUUUCGACAUCGCGUUCCCACACGAUUACCCGUUUCACCCUCCAGAGGUCCAUUAUCGCUCCUACGGCUUCUCCCUCAACCCCAACCUAUACAACAACGGACACGUGUGCCUGAGCCUCAUCAAUACGUGGGUAGGGAAAAGUACCGAGAAGUGGGACCCAUGUGGCUCCACCGUUCUUCAGCUGCUGUUGUCGCUCCAAGCCCUCGUCCUAAACGACAAGCCGUUUUUCAACGACUUUUGGUGCGAGAUGAUUGGGCGUGGCCGCGGGCUCUUCGAGAAGAAGUCACUGGCUUACAACGACACCGUCUUCGCUCUUAACUGCAAAACCAUCUUGGGCUUGCUUCGACACCCGCCGCGAAACUUUCAAACAUUCGUCGUCGGGCAUUUCCGUAAUCGAGCACGUGCGAUUCUGGGCGCGUGCGACGACUACGCGAAUGGGCGCGUGAGAGUUGGGCGAUACAGUGAAGACGGUGACGGUGAGGCUUCUGAUAGGAGAGUCAGGGUUUCGGAGAAAUUCAGGGAGUCAAUGCGAGUGUUGUAUCCUCAGCUCUUGGAGAUAUUUCUACGGUGCGGUGCUUUUUCGCAGAGUGAUGCGGAACGCUACUUGAAGAUGGAAAGAACUAAUGUGUUGUCCAAAAAUAUGGGGAAUGUUACUAACAGAACGUACAGGGUUCUUGUGAGGAAGGUGAUUGGGAAGAUAAGGAAGCUUUAUGCUUCAAAGUUGAUAUCAUGUUAGCCCCGAGUCAAGUUUGCUACUCACCACAGUCUAGUAUUUUCAUGCUGAUCAAACUAAUAAGAACCC